CAGAAUUUUUCGAGAUGCUGGAAAAAAUGCAGACUCCCAAACUGGAAGAGCAGAAAAGUAGCAGCCAGAGAAAUAAGGAUGACUACAUACCAUAUCCCAGCAUUGAAGAGAUCCUGGAGAAGGACACCACUUACCCACUCAUCAUUCUGCCUCAGUUUGGGGGAUAUUGGAUAGAAGAUCCAGAAAAUAUAAGCACUCCAACAUCUUCAGACAGUAGUAUAUGUGAUGAAGAAGAAGAACCCAUGAGCCCCAGCACAUAUGGAUAUAAAUUAGAAUAUAAAGGCUCAGCUCGGGCAUACAGAAAACACUUCUUGGGGAAGGACCAUCUAAAUUUUUACUGCACUGGAAGCAGCCUUGGAAACUUGAUUCUUUCAAUUAAAUGUGAAGAAGCCGACAGCAUAGAAUAUUUAAGAAUUAUACUCAGGUCUAAAGCAAAAACUCUACAUGAACGAAUCCCGCUGGCUGGGUUCAACAAACUUCCCAGUGUUCCCCAGAUAGCAAAGGCCUUAUGUGAUGACGCCACUGGGCUCAAAUUUAAUCCUGUUCUCUACCCCAAGGCGUCACAAAUGAUUGUUGCUUAUGAUGAACAUGAAAUUAACAAUACCUUCAAGUUUGGUGUUAUAUAUCAGAAGUUUAGGCAAACACUAGAAGAGGAACUUUUUGGCAAUAAUGAAGAAAGUCCUGCCUUUAGAGAGUUCUUGAGCUUACUUGGAGAUACUGUCUUGCUUCAAGACUUCAAAGGUUUUCGUGGAGGGCUGGAUGUAGCACAUGGUCAGACGGGCACUGAGUCCAUUUACACUGCAUUCAGAGACAAGGAGAUCAUGUUUCAUGUGUCAACUAAGUUACCGUUUACAGAAGGAGAUACCCAGCAGCUGCAAAGGAAAAGACACAUUGGGAACGACAUAGUAGCAAUUGUGUUCCAAGAAGAGAACACGCCUUUUGUUCCUGACAUGAUUGCGUCUAACUUUCUGCAUGCGUACAUUGUGGUGCAAGUGGAGAAUCCAGAGACGGACUGUACAACGUACAAGGUCUCCGUGACAGCACGAGAAGAUGUCCCGUCUUUUGGGCCCCCGCUUCCAAAUCCACCAGUAUUUCAAAAAAAUGCUGAGUUUCGUGAAUUUUUACUGACUAAACUUAUUAAUGGAGAGCAUGCCUGCUGCAAGUCUGACAAGUUUGCUAAGCUUGAGGACCGGACAAGAGCUGCUCUUUUGGACAAUCUUCAUGAUGACCUUCAUGUGCAUACACAGGCUAUGCUUGGCUUAGGUCCAGAAGAAGACAAGUUUGAGAAUGGCGCUCAUGGAGGUUUCCUGGAGUCCUUCAAAAGAGCUAUUCGGGUACGCAGUCAUUCCAUGGAAACUAUGGUGGCAAGUCAGAAAAAGCAUCAAUCCGGGGGCUUAUCUGGGAGCCUGAGCGGAGGCAUGGUGCACACAACUGCUGAAAUCACCAAAACCACGUUCUCUCCUCCUGCAGUGGUAACAAAGACACAGUCCAAGAGCCCAAUAAAACGGAGAUCUGGUCUCUUCCCCCGAUUGCACACUGGAGCUGAAGCACAGUCUGAAGGUCGGACUCGAAGUGAUAGCAUGCCUGCCACGCCGAAGACCCCAGAUUGUGGCCAUUCAUCACAGGAUGUCAAAUCGGAAACAUCAUCAAAUCCAAGUUCGCCAGAGAUAUGUCCCAACAAAGAAAGACCGUACAUUAAACUGAAAGAGAAUGGGAGAUCCAACAUCUCUCGCUCUUCAUCCAGUACCAGCAGUUUCAGCAGCACGGCUGGAGAGAGCGAGGCCAUGGAGGAAUAUGAAAGUGUGGGCAGCCAACCUCUGAACGCAUCACCCUACAAACAGGAGGUGUUUGUCUACAGCCCGUCGCCUAGCCACGAGAACCAUACUUCCACUACCCCUGUAAUCAUGAGCAGGAGCCCUACAGAUGUAAAGAGUAAAAAUUCCCCAAGAUCCAACCUCAAAUUUCGUUUUGAUAAACUCAGCCAGUCAAGUUCCGGCUCAAGUACAUGAACUGACGCCCUGUCAAAGUGGAACUACCAACUUUAAAACUGGCCUGCGAGGGUAUAGUCACUCCACGAAAAGCUACUGCCACAAUGAAUUCAUGGAAAUGUCUAACUCCCAAGCUGUUUCCCACUAAUCAAAGAACGAACUGCCAUCUUAGUGCACUCCUUGUGUCCUGUGACACUCGUCUUGUGAACGGAGUUUAUAGUAUGACCUGUCUUGUCCAAUAGUGGAAUUGACUCUUGCCCAUAUUUUUCUUUCACAUUAUCUAAAGCAGAGAUUUUUUUAUUUUAAUGUGAAGCACCGUACUUGCACGGACUAUAUAGCACCUCAUCACCGAGUGCCAAGUUUAUUAAAGGAGAUUCACUGGAAUUUGGGAAUUCUUACCACAAUUUUGGGCAUUCUCUCUAGGUGGUACUUGAUGUUUGAUACAGUGAUAUCUGCUGUUCCAUCUACCUUAGGAUCUUCAUGUGGCACGUCUCAUUUCUGCCAUAGAGUCAUAUCAGAUGACCUAUAGAGGUGAACGGUUUCAUUAAACAUGGCUGCUUUUUGCCACCUUAUGCAACAUAUAUGCACAAGUGCAUCUGAAUGUGCUAUGGCUUGAAGAACGAAUCCAAUAUUGGGAAAUAUCACAAAUCAGGGUCCCAUGAGAUAAGCAUAAGUUAAGGCACAGAAUAGGUCAUCAUCCUCGUUACACAUUGGUGCACAUUUGCUAAGACUCUCUAAAGUAAGACAGUGGGAACUUAGACGACUGGACAAUCUUAAACUGCAUCAGAUUUAUCACCGUGGCUGAUGCCUGCUGGUAAAUCUGGUUUACCUAUAGACUGUCUAAUAUAAAGGUGUCUUUAAGGCUGUAUUGGUUGCAAUCCUGGAGGAGAUUCCCGGCAAUCACCUGCUCAUUAGCGGAGAAGACCACUGCUAGUACAUGCAGCGAUCUCCUCCAUAGUAUGGGGAGGAAUGAUCGUUAUACCACUGCUUGUCCUCAUGAUGUCCAGUUGUUUGCCGACAGCAGAUUGUGAUUAGACAGUACAAUCUGCCGCCGGCAAACAAUGAUUUUUAAAGCUGUUGAAAGAUUCCAAUUGCCCAAUGAACAAGUGUUUGCUCGUACAUCGGCGGCAGUAUUACACUGCCAGAUCACCACUAAAGAGCGUUCGUACAAACUCUAGUUAGCGAUAAUCUGGUAGCUAAUCUGCCAGUCUAGUACAGGCUUUACACUGCACGAUUGUUGGGUAGAUUAUCAAGGAUGAACGUUCGUAGGAACGCUCAUUUCCAAUUUAUUUUUCCCAUUUAAAGCUCGUGCUGAUCACCCGAUGAACGAUCAAAACGCUUUUUCAUCUGAUGAAACAAUCGUUCAUGCGGACACAGAAGUCAUAGUUUCUGGGCAGCAGGUUGUGCGGUGUAGAGAAUAAUCUGCUCCCCAGAAACAAUGAAUUUGUAUGGGGAUGAGUGAUAGCAGUAGCCAUCGCUCACCCUCAUACAGUGCUUCACCCCCACUGACGAGCAGACAUUUGUCGUGAAGGAACACUUCCGUACUGAUAAUCAGCUGCUUCAUCAGGCCAUGUUUACACCACUUAUUUGUCGACUUAAUUGAUGCCCAUAAAAUUGACACAUUUUUUGGCUCACGAUCACAUUUAGACCCUUAUCGGAUGAGUUGCAAACAGUGUCGGAAAGUGUCUAAAUCACUUAACAAAUGUGUUGCAGGCAUGUACGUCAGGUUUCUGUUUUGUUUUGGGGUUUUUUUGGCACAAAUUACAGCAGAAUUCUGGCACUGAUCAGGAAAUCUCCCCUGUUGUGUUUCUAGUUCUGGAAAAUUUCCUUGAGUGUGGAUGUGGGCUAGACUAAUGCUCGGAAAUAUCAUCUGGUCACAGGAACAUGUACCGUACUACCCACUCUUGAGAAAUAAUCUUGAUGCAGAGAAUUUGGAUUGAAAAUUGGACAGUAAUGCCAUAUGUUUCAGCACUUUUUCCACCUCUGUGGAAUUUCGUAGAUACAGGUGGUAUCUGCCACAUUGUGUUCACUUGAAGCUUUGCUCCAGAAUUAUAUAAACCAAAGUUUAAAACUGACGACAGGGGAUGCUGCAGGGGUGGGAGUAUGGAUGACCAUGAAGCAAGUGAGGUGUACGCACCUAGGCAGGUCAUCCAUUAUUUGCUUCAGCAACUGGCCAAGGAUGUAUUCCUACACGGAUCCUCAAAACACGGACACUGGCCGUGUGCACACCGCAUCACGGUGCAGAUCCAUCGACUUCAAUGGUUCUUUGGUCCGCAUGUUGUGACAUACAGGACAUCUAUCUUUUGCAGCAGCUAUUCAUAUGCUCGCUCCAUGGUGGGUCCGCACAGCCGAUAUUAGUGUUUAACAGUUCCAUGGUUUGCAGAUCACGAAAGACUUAGGGGGAAAUUUAUCAUAAGGAGAAUAUCUGAAGUCACUUUUGCUUGAGUCUGUGUUGGAGUACUUUGUGCCACAUUUAUCAAAUGUCACAAAUU